UUACAGUACUACGGCUUCCACAUGAUGAAUCUGUGUCAUAUGAAACUUGUGCAGCCUCACAGACGCAGCUGCGCAUGAACCAGAGGAAGACACCUGCAGAAAACACAAGUGGACAACUCCUGAGAAAUGGCUGUGCCGGCGCCGUUUCUGCUUUUCUGCGCCUCUGUUUUGGGGUUUUACCACAUGGGAGCAACACCUGACACCCUAAGCUCUCUGGAUUCUUCUUUCUGUCAUGGUGGAUUAGAGGUCAUCUAUCCACAACUGCAGAUUGACAAUUGCCUGGUAAUUCCAAAGGACCUGAGAGAAAAAGUUGGCACAGUUUGGAAAGCGCUGAUUUACUUCCCUGGAGUACACAAGAAGAAGAGUUCUUUUCUGGUGAUGGUUGAUCCUGAUGCUCCAAGCCGCACCAAACCAACCUCUGCUCCCUGGACACACUGGCUGCUCGUGGACGUAAAGGGCAGUGCACUCAGGGAAGGACAGACACAGACCCUUCAUUAUGCAGACUCUCAUCCUCCGACCCCGCCUCAGAAAUCUGGCUAUCACCGCUACCAGUUCCUGUUGUUUGAGCAGCUUCCAGACGCACCGGUGUCACUCAGCGAGGGGGAGAAGUCAUCCCGCGGUAAAUGGGAUCUUCAGGCCUUCAUCACAAGGUUUGACCUGGGAGAGCCUGUGGCCACUCUGCCAUUGCUCACCCAAAACUACAAAGACUGA